AUGCGCAUAUUCGCCGGUCGCAAUGUCCGGCAGCGCCAAUCUUUGCCAAACCAUUACUGGCCGGGCGCGGUAGAGGAGAAGCAGCGGGAGGGCAGAUACAGGUCAUGGACGCUCCUGUCGGCUCCCAUUCCUGGCACGAACCGCCGGCGUCUGCGUAUCCCGGCGCCUUAUGUCUUGCGACGGUACUCGAAGCUCGUCUACGUCGUCAUCGCGCUCGCUGUUGGCUGGUUCCUCCUCCGCUUCUCGCUCAGGACAUUCCGGUCUUUCAAGGAGACGACUCCGACGCUCGUCUAUGACCGCGAGGAUUUACAAAAGAUAUGGACUUGGGAGAUCACGAGCGGUCACUAUCCAAGCAGGCGCGACAUACCGAAGCGCAUAGGCUUUAUCUCACAACCUCCGAACCCUGCCGUGCCCGCAGGACCGUCACACCGCAGGAAUAGCUCGCAUGACCGGCCAGCUCUACGGCGUAACGAUCAUGGCCCUCAACGCAUCUAUCCCGAGUUGCGCGCCACACCUCCCGAUGUGGCGUAUCCACCAAGACCCCCGACUGGCAGCAUCGCAGAUCUGGACAUUGUUAUGAAUCAUUGUGACUUCUCGCAACAAAAGUAUGUGCGCGACUGUCUUGAGGUCUUGCAAGUUGGCGCAGGCCUUGACAGCGAUAAUCAUCUACGAAGAGGCAACAUCGAUCGGUGGAGAUACUUAUACACCGAAACUGGCAGCGUGCAGAGGAAGCCAGAGACCGGCCUAGAGACCAACGUCGCACGAGGAGACGCAAAACACGACUUUCCGCUAAGGAACGGCCUGGAGCGCGAGGCACCUCUGGCACUCCCUCCACCACACUCGUAUACACCGCACGAGCACCGACCAUUGCAUUCAGAAUGCGACCCCGACAGUCCUCAUAUCUUCCACAUGUUCUGGACCGGUCCAUUCACGGACAAGCCCUACACCGCGAUCCUCUCGUUCUUGUUCACCCAGAAUCUCCAUCUGAACAUUCAAGAGGGCUUGUCGGACGUCAAGAUCUGCCGCCCGCAACUCUGGUUAUGGAUCAACCCCGGCCCCGCGGCCUCCGUGCCCAACUCCGGUGCCGAGCGCGCCAUGAUGAAGAACCUCGCCGAGGGCGAAUGGUCCUCGCCCUUCCUUCAUCCGCGCUUCAAAGACAUCAUCCACUUCCGCCUAUGGAACACAACCGAACAACUCGACGCCACGCCAGAGCUCGCAGACGAAUGGCGCACGAUCCCGCUCUUCCGCUCGCAAGGCAAAGUCGUGAACGUACCCAAACUCAACCCAGGCGAAGCACUCAUACAGCAAGGAGGUGACGACAUGCUACGUCGUCUCGGCUCGAAGUCAGCGAACUCGUAUGAUCGGAUGUCGGUUAUCUUGUCGGAUAUGGCGAGGUUUAUACUUUGUCAUCGCUAUGGCGGGAUAUACCUCGACACGGAUACGAUCUUGCUGCGGGACUGGGAGGAGCUGUGGGGAUGGAAGGGCGCGUUCGCGUACAGGUGGUCGAGGAUCCCGACGUAUAACACUGCUGUGUUGCGCAUGAAUCGGCGGUCGGCGCUUGGGACCUUUAUCAUACGCACGGCGCUUAGGAACGGACUGGACUUCCAUCCGAUGUCGGUGCACCAGUACAUACAGGAUGCGUCGCUGGAUGGGCUGCUCUUGAGGCUGCCGGAUGCGUUGUUCGAUCCGGCGUGGUUGAAUACGGAGGAUUAUCAGCGCGAUCGGCCGCCACAGCCGUACUUCACAGAGUUCAAGGAGUUCUUCAAGACGCCUCCACAGAAUGGUGCAUUACCGCGCAUUCUUGGCUUCGACGGCUUCUUCCGCGGAGCGUACUCCUAUCACUACCACAACUUUUGGUGGGAACCCUUCGACCCUGCACGCAACUGGCCAGACCUGGGCGCACGUUUCAUCGAUGGCGAAAGACGAGCGCGCGGGCUGACGUCUCUGGAGCUACCUUCAGAUAACGUCGAAGAGGACCGACGAGACUUGACUUGGGCCACGGUGCUCAAGCGUACCUUCGAGGCGUACAUCCGGGGAGAGCGCCCGAACAUGUAUGGGGAGUGGAUCGCGUGGUGA